GAUCCAAACAGAGAAAUCUGCUUCUUCGGCUUUAAUACCGCAUGGUUAUGCGUUUUGAUUGCUUAAAAUCAAGUUCAUGAUGUAGAAUGGAUGAAAGCUAUUGGUAAGUUUGAUAAAUAUUAUAAUACGUAUAAUACUUAUACUACUUAUACUACUUAUACUACAUAUCGUACUUAUAGUACUUAUAGUACUUAUGUAUCGGUCAAAUCGAAGCUUCAACAUGCCCCCCCCCAACCCCCCGGGCAUUUGACUUUUUUUUGAAAAUUAUUGUUCAAAUUCCUCCCUACCCGGGCCAAAAUGCCGUUCAAAUGCCCCACACUGGUGUCCAUUCAGGUGAUCAAAUGCCCCCACCCCUGGGACAUUUCACAGGCACAAUAAUGACAGAAGGACGGCGGAAACGGCUUCAGUUGUCGAACAAAAUCUUUAUAAAUAUAACAAAAACUGAGAAACACUGUUAGCGUAUUUACUACGAACAAAAUUCUCGUGCAAAGCGGCGGAAAUCACUGCUACAAGGUCACUGAAUGCUCAGCUUUUCUUCGUCAUGCAACAUACAAAGCGUUCUAUAAAAAAGAUCCCACCUAUUGAGACCAUUUCACUGACAUGCAUCAUCGCUCACCUUAUUAAUUAACUUACUUGCAGUAGGUCAAAGUAGUUGCCCUGAGCUUUUUAUUUUAUUUUAUUUUAUGUUGUUGUAUUGAAUCGCCGGUAGAGGUAUAGAAAUACGUUCAUACAUUCAAAGCCUGAAUCCAAUAUUAAAAAUUUUAAAAUUUAAAUACUUCAAAUACGCCACAAAGCUUGUUUAAACCCUUUCCUCUUAACCAAUUGGCCACAAAGGCACAAUCUUUUCCACGAAAAUCCUCUAACACUGGGUCCCCCAUUGCUCGCCACGCCAAAGAUUUUACAUGAAAUCGAGGAUGCGGUUCAAAUUCCCCACCCCUAAAGCAUGGGGAUCAAAUUCCCCACCCCCUGGAAAACUCUGAUAAUCAAAUUCUCUCCUCCCCGGGACGGCAAAGGUGUCAAAUGCCCAACAAUGCUAAAGAUUCUAUCUCACUAGCCGCUGGGAUAAAGACUCCAUUGAGAAAACGCAUAUACAUUUUUGUAAGAUGUGUUUAGGUUUAAACAAGCGUUCACCGAAUGUUGCAUCGAGAAAUGAACUUGGCAGAUUAUCUCUCAAUUUAUAAUAACAAUGAACAUUUUCAAGUUUUGGAUUCACCUUGAAAAUCAACCCCCUGACAGCAUCGCUAAACUCUGCUGAAACAUAUCGGAUAAAAUGGCCGAAGAAAAUAAAUCAGGUCUAAUGAAUAAAAUAAAUCUUUUGUGUACACAACGUAAUAUUUUUAUAAUAAACAAUCAGUUAACUUUAAAAACCCUUCUACUUUCCUAUCCAAAGCUUAAAACAAUUUGUCAAAACAUCUAAAAAACCACCAGCUAGAUUUGAUAAGAACAAAUAAAAAACUAAAAUUCUACUCCAUCUUUAAAAAUGAAACAAAUUACUCUGAACUCAUCAAUAACAUCCGGAAUCCAGAACAUGGGCGUGUAGCUUCCAAAUUUAAGAUAGGAAAUCAUAAUAGGCCAUCCCCAUAAAAUGGUUCAUUUCUCAUCGCCCAACCGACCCAUUUUUGUGGAAAGGUAAAAAAAAAAAAAUUCCAGAAUCACUUGUAAAGAAGCAAGUACUUAUUUACAAGCACACGACCUUGUCUUAUUAACACCAGUUGUCUUAAAUUAUCAUUGAUACUUCGUUUUUGUAGCCUUUUUAGACAUUUGAUAGUCCUGUUAAUAUACAUCUUUUACUAUCUGAUUAUAUCUUGCAGAGUAAACGUGAGAUUUAAUAUGCAAUCAUGUGUUCAUUCUUUUUUUUUUUGACCGACCGACCGACCGACCCACCUUCACGAGAGGGAGGGCGAUGGGAAAUGAAACGUUUUAUGGGGAUGGCCAUAUAAAAAUAGAAACUGGAAGAUUUGCAAUUCCCAAAACUCCCAAAGACCUUUGAAUCUGUGAUCACUGCAACCUAAAUUUGGUUGAAAAUGAAAUGCACAUAUUAUUUCACUGUGAUCUAUAUAAUGAUUUGAGAAAGACUCUUUUUUAAUAUUAAAAUCAACGACCAAAAUACAUUAUUUUACAAUUUACAAUAUAAAGUCUGUUUUCUUUUUAACCACACUGAUUCACAUAUUAGUAGGGUAACUGCUAAUUUGGUCUCUCAAGCAUUUGAAAGACAAAAGAAACAUAAUUAAUUCUACCAUUCCAUUAUAUCUUCAUUUCCUUAAAUUUAGCUCUUUAUUGUUAUUUUAAUCGGUAACACCUGUUGAAAAUGGUAAUAUUGAAUAAACUUGUUGUUGUUGUUGUUAUUAAGCUAAAUAUGUAAAGGCGACUGUAUAUUCUGCACAUUGGUUUUUAUAUGGUAUCAGACCUUCCAACCCCUAAACUGUGCAAAUCUGGAGAAUCUGGAGUGUUUGAAUAAAAUUAAAAGGUCCCAAAAACCUGGAGACUGACACCUAAGAUC